AUGUUAAAGAAAAACAAAGUAUUAAUUUUUAAGUACUUUCUUAAUCUCAUUAAUUCAGCUUUUUUGAUUCUUGGACUUUUAUUCGUGGGAUUUGGUGCCUGCCUUUUAUUAGAUAGAAAUACUUUUUUAACAGCGUUGGAUGAAAACAAACAAUUCAUUAUAUAUAUUUCUCAAAUCUUGAUUGGAAUGGGAUCUGCUGUUGUUCUUCUUUGUCUGUUGGGUUAUUUGUCAAUUCACAUGAAAAUUGUAUGGCUCCUAAUUCUGUAUGCAGUAGUGUUGUCAUUGGCCUUUGGUGUCCAAGUUGUAUUUUCAGCACUCAUCUUCACAAAGAAAGAGGAGGUUCAACAACUAUGGCAUGACAAAAUGGAUUUAGUCAUUUCUGAGUAUGGAUCUAAAGAUAAGCCUGAAGACAUACCCAAGUGGACUAUUCUGAAUGCCUUACAGAAAACAUUACAGUGUUGUGGUCAACACAAUUACACAGAUUGGAUAAAGAAUAAGAAUAAAGAAACUUCAGACCAGGUUCCGUGUUCUUGCACAAAUUCUACAUUAAGAAAAUGGUUUUGUGAUGAGCCACUGAAUGCAACUUACCUGGAGGGUUGUGGAGGUAAAAUCAGCACAUGGUUUGAUGCUAAUGCUUUAACCUUCAUUGGAAUUAAUUUUGGACUUUUGACUUCAGAGGUUUUGCAAGUCUCAUUCAUUGUUGCUUUCCUCAGACACAAGAAUAGAGUUUAUGCAGAAACGUGA